CAGGACCGAGCCGAACUCCAACGAACUCCUGUGAGUGAGACCGGACGGGGCAACCGGGUGAGCGCAACCCGACACCUUCUCUUCCCCUUCCUCCCAACCUUCCUCAGUCUUCUCUCCCCCCCUCCACCCCAUCCCGAAUUCCUCCUCUUCACACUCCAUCUCGGCACAUUUGGAACUCGGAUCCGACCACUGCCUAUCCCACCCGAUCCAGCCCAAUCAAUCCCCCCACGCGAUUCCUUUUUCCUUCGCAAAGCAAGGUCCUCGAUUCGGCGGCAGGCGCCAUGGCUACCGGCAGCGAUCAGACGCAAGCGGAGGCCGAGGCCGAUGCGGUGGAACUCGUGCUGUUCCAGGUCGCCGAGUGCUACGUGUAUCUGAUACCUCCCAGGAAGACAGCAGCCUCUUACAGGGCUGAUGAGUGGAAUGUCAACAAAUGGGCUUGGGAAGGGGGCCUUAAGGUUGUCAGCAAGGAAGAAGAAUGCAUUAUUAAAUUGGAAGACAAGAGCACUGGGGAGCUGUAUGCCAGGGCCUUUCUUAGAGAAGGUGAACCACAUCCAGUGGAAGCUGUAAUUGAUAGCAGCAGAUAUUUUGUACUUCGCGUUGAAGAGAAUAUAGAUGGGCGUCAGCGUCAUGCUUUUAUUGGUUUAGGCUUCCGGGAAAGAACUGAAGCAUAUGACUUCCAAGCUGCUCUACACGACCAUAUGAAAUAUCUAAACAAGAAGAAGACUGCUGAAGAGAUGGUACAGCAUUAUGAGAAUACAUCAUCAGUUGAUUACAGCCUCAAAGAAGGGGAAACUUUGGUUCUUCAACUUAAGAAUAAAGAAACUGUCACCAAGACAAAAUCAGCAUUUUUCGAGCAAGGCCUGAACAAGCUCUCAUUCAACGAAAAGGCAAACAACAAGGAGGCAACAGUCUCACUCAAACUUCCCCCACCUCCACCCUCACCCGUCUCUCCUACCGAUUCUGGAGUUCCCUUUUCCCCUUUCAAAGCAGAAUUUCCCUCCCAGGAACAACCAGCUGCUGGUACUGUCGGUAGUUCCCCUUCCAAAGCAGAACCUGCUCCUGAGGAGCAACCGGCUGCAGCAGAGAAGACCAAACAAGGAAGCGUGGAUGAUGACUUUGGGGACUUCCAGGCUGCUGGAUGAAUCAUGUAUCUUGUACAUACAGCAUGUUUAUCACUCGGACCGCUUCUUUCAUUUCUUUUCCGUUCCAUCAGUUGUGACUUUUUCUGAGGCGCCUGUGUUGCUGUACAGAGAGCUAUCACCUCAUAAUUCGUAUAAAUACAGGAUACUGUACCUUUUCCUUUUGCAGAAGCAUUCCGAAAUUUUC